GCCUGCAGCCUCGGGCCGGGAUAGCGAGGAGGGGGGGGAGCGGCCUGCAGCCUCGGGCCGGUCAAAAACCGUGCAAGUGUCGGCUGUGUUUGCCGCCUCUCCCCGCUGAAGAUGAGCGCGGAGGUCGGGCAGCGGCAGCAGCGCCGGCGGCAGCAGCAGGAGGACGAGGAGGAGCAGAAGGAGAAUUCGUCCAUUGAUGUGACCCAAAGUGUUGAAGAAGAUGUACCACUAGACCAUCCCCUUCUCUAUGCUGAUGCUUUGGUUGGCGAUGUGAGACCUUACUUUAAAGGUGUGCCAACAAUGUGGUGGGGAAUUCUGUUAACAUUUCUGCAUGUUGCUUUUGUGGCUCUAACGUUCACUUUGGGUUUUUUAUGUGUCACACCUUACAUUUGUAAAAAUGUCCUGUGGUCUUUCAAACCCUUGACUGUUAUAAUCAUCGCAAAAGUCGUCCUUUGGAUCCUGCAUGCUGUCUUUGAAUUUUACUUGCAAGCUCAGCACUCCAAAGUCAGAAACAGGGGCUAUCUGGCACUGUACCGAUCCGUGAGACAUUUGAAACACCUGCCACUUUUCAUUCAUUCUAUGGGAAAUGUAGUUAUCCUGCUUAUAUUUGCCACGCAGCUGUCCUUUGAACUGAAAGGCCUGAUGAUGUACCUUAUUCUUGGAGUGCUGACAGUGGAGCUAUUCUUUUCUUCAGUGUGCCUCUUCAUUUACACAGUGAAGAUCGCAAAGUUCAAUAUGAUGAAACCAUGUCCUGAUAUCCAAGAGGAAGAGAGAAGACAUCGAUAUCCUAAUCGCACUAACAUUCUGUCAGAGACUGGGUUCAGGGAUGGAUCAAACUUGGAAAACCUGGUAGAAAAGCAAGCGGACCUCAUUGAUUACUUAAAAAUGCACAAUGUGCAAUUAAGUAGAAGACUGCUGGCCUUAAUAUCUCAACAAGUCCGGGACUGAGCUUCUGAAAGCUUAUAAACUAGGCAAAGAGAGAAAGGAGGUUUGUGCUUUGAAUGUUGCUACCAGCAUGACAAUUUCAAAUGUGGAAUUAGAAUGGAAAUUUGUUAAAAUAACAACUUGAAGGUGUGUUGAAUGGCUUUGAGAAUCAAGGUUUGCUACGAGCACUUACAUGUUUUCCUUUUAAAACUUCUGUUGUACCAUUCAAUCAUGUGACAAGAUUAAGACCGCAAAAUUAACUUGCCCAACCUGUGUCAAAGGUCUGUUGUGAACUGUAAUCUAGAAUAAUUACAUGUCUGAGCCAGUAAAGAUUUUUCUCCUUGCUUUUGUAAUCUUGACAUUCGCUACCUAUAACAGAUUUGAAGAUGUAUAUGCUAAAAGUGACUUCCUUUAAGAAAUGUUGUACAAGCUAUGAAGAUAUUAAGGGUGUUAAGCUACGCUCGUGAAUUGUGCUAAGUAUUCCUGGUUGAAUUUGAACUGAUAUGUUAGUUACUUCAAUACAAAGCUGUAUGAACUUCUCGUUACAUGACUGUGCUGUAAGUCACUGUGCCAGGCUGUGGUUUGCAUUCUAUGAUUUGUACAGACUAAUGUUAAUAAUAAUUAUACAAUUUAUUCAUAAAACUCACUGACUACUUUCUAA